AUGUCUUCAGGACGCGCCAUACCCCACGAAUGCGCCUCCAAAACGCCUGCAUGGGCAACAACAGAUCGCGUGGCCGACUGGCGCGCAACACCUUUGCGAGAACGCUUCGAAAUCUUCAACGCGUUCAUGCACGAGUUGGAGAUGGACGGUCACCUCAAGACCUGCGUCAAGAUAGCCCCGCCACACGUUGGCGCAGGUCGUCGCUGCGUGAAACGGGUCCCGGUGCCCUUAAUGCCCCCGACUAUCUUCGAAUAUCCCGAAGAAGACGAGGACGAUUACCUGGAGGAGGCGGAUAGCACAACAGCGUGCGACGAUGGGUCACCCGUCUACGCAACACCUCGCGAUAAGCCUCUCCCGCUCCCGCCACGAGAUGUAUCCAAGAAGUUGCCCCCGACACCUCGGGAUCGUAACAAGGCGCUUCCAUCGCUGCCCCCAACACCACCCCCAAAAACACGCCGCAAGGAGGAACCGAUGCCGCCGACGAAGGGCCGCAGUAGAAUUUCCUGUCUGAGCGCUGUUAGUACCUGA